AUGCGCAAACUGCGAUUGCCGUUUCCCAUCAAUCCGAUAACAUCAGCACAACUAAGGUUUGAAUUUCCCCGACCAUCGAUAGCUAGUCAACAACCGGAACUAAUGCAAUCAUCAUUUGCAACUCCUGGCUUUGCUACACCAUCGUUUGUUGAUCCAACACAUCCGCAACCACCGCCAGCUCAUCAACGAAUUGACCAUUCAACAACCGCAUUCCAAUUUCCGUAUGCUACUGUAGUACCAACAGCAAUAACUUCCGAGAACCAUCGAGCCAAUCAGCAAUCUUUAAGAAGUGGUCCAUCGAGUUUGCAAGCUAUUCCUGCUGCCAAUGAAUCAUUAUCAUCCGAUAAACUUUGUGCCGUUUGUAACGAUCGUGCGGUAUGCCAACAUUAUGGAGCUCGUACAUGUGAAGGAUGUAAAGGGUUUUUCAAGCGAACAGUCCAAAAGAAAGCGCAAUACGUAUGUACUGGAAAUAAAAAUUGUACCAUUGAUAAACGAUUUCGCAGUCGAUGCCAAUACUGCCGUUUCCAGAAAUGUAUCGCUGUUGGUAUGGUUAAAGAGGUGGUUCGAUACGGUAGCUUAUCGGGACGACGAGGUCGUUUACCGUCAAAAACGAAAGUGCAACAUUCCGACGAUCCUCCCAGUCCACCACUUCCACUCCUGACACUUAUCAACAAAGCAUAUAUCGAAUCAAAAACAAUUGCUACACCGACAUUAUAUAGUGGUGGCACGGAACAGUUAUUGUCGGCAAUGGACGAAGAAUUUCGUUUCAUGUUGCUUUUCGUGGAAAAAAUUCCGAAUUCAGCGGAGAUCUCUCAAAAUGAUAUUACUAAAUUGAUUGAGCGAAACUUUUUCGCUCUACUGGCAUUAAAACUUUGCUAUGGGUGGACUGAAGGUGACAGCUUACAUAUGGAGCAGAUCGAAGUGGAUAUAUCAACAGUACCACAGCCAUUGAAAUUACUUUUCACUUUAAUACAAGAAGAAGCUAAACGAUUUCAACAUCUCAUACAGUGGGAUCCGCCAUCUUUUUCUGCUUUACUUGCUCUGCAAUUUCUCAAUACAAAAGAAUGUGGUGGUGAACUGCUCAGCUCAGAUGCAGCGGUUGAUAAGUUACGAGGUACUAUAACAAGCGCAUUGAAAGAUCACUGUUGCAAUUCUUCACCACCCCAUACCAAAAAGCUGCAAACAAUUAUUGCGCAAAUUGAAAUGUUUGCCCGGUUUCAACGCAUUGGACAAGAAACUUUAUCACUUGUUGUUUCAUCUGGUGUACAAUUACCGCCUUUAAUGUCCGGUGCUGUGCAAACCGCACAACGGCUUCCUGGUCCAUCGAAGUUGGACUUUACGGAAUUUUCAUUCUGCCCCUAA